UUAAGCCAGUCCCUGGGGGAAUUUUCAUUCCCAAACUGUAUCCAAAUGGAAGAGGAGGAGGAAAAGCCCCAGAGAUCCCGCACGAGGAGGGGCUGCAAACCCAGCCCAGAGAGCUGCGAGGAGGAAAGAUCCCCCCAGUGCCAGGAACACGGCCAGAGAUCCAGCCAGAGCUCAGAGCUGGGGGAGAAGCCCCACAAGUGCUUGGAAUGUGGGAAGGGCUUCAGGUGGAGCUCCCAGCUGAUCCAGCACCAGGUGACCCACACUGGGGAAAAGCCCUACCAGUGUGGGGAAUGUGGGAAGAGCUUCAGCUGGAGCUCCAGCCUGAGGAAUCACCAGGUGAUUCACACUGGGGAACGGCCCUAUGAGUGUGGGAAAUGUGGGAAGAGUUUCAGAGAUAUCUCUGACCUGAUGAGACACCAGGUGAUCCACACAGGGGAACGGCCCUACACCUGCUUGGAAUGUGGGAAGAGCUUUGGGUGGAGCACCGCCCUGAGGGCACACCAGCUCAUCCACACUGGGGAGAGGCCCUACGAGUGUCCUGAGUGUGGGAAGAGGUUUCGGACCAGCUCCCAUGUCCUCCUACAUGAGCGGAUUCACACAGAGGAGAGGCCCUUCCGCUGCCCCGACUGCGGGAAGGGCUUCAAGCACAACUCCACCCUCACCAUCCACCGGCGCAUCCACACUGGGGAGAGGCCCUACGAGUGUCCCCAGUGUGGGAAGAGCUUCUCACAGAGCUCAGCCUUGACCCAACACCAACGGAGGCACCAGUAAGGGAAGCCCUGCGAGUGCCCCGAGUGCGGGAAGAGCUUCGUGCGCUGCUCCAGCUCCAUCCCCCAUGGGAGGAUCGGCGUUGGAUGAUCCCCAGUGACCCCCGUUGGGCAGAGCCCUGGUGAUCCGUUCUCCUGGUGAUCCGUGUUGGGAAGACACCUGGCUGGGAGGCUCCACAUCUUCACGGCUCCCUGUGGGCACCUGGAUGAACACCGGGGCAGGAACAUCCAUCGAGACACAGACCAAUAGUGGGAAUUCCUUUGGGAGAGCAGAUUUGUUGACUUUCAAUCCCAGAAAACUGUUAAAGCUAAUGGAACUCACGAGCCCUAUUUGUUACACAUCAACACCUCUCCUUCCUUUUCUGGAAUUUGACACAAACUUAUAGUCAAUAAGUUCUGCAAGUGCUCUUGCUGCGUGAGGCCACAUUGUGUCUUUCAUUUAGCAAUUAAUGAAGCAAACACAAAUUGCCUACUGAGACCCUUCUGCUCCCUCCCAAAUCACUACUCAAGAACAAGCCUCAGGCACAUGC